AUGCAGGCCACUGCAGUGGUAGAAACAGAUUCUGAUAAAAACUACCACAAAAAUGGAGGACACCUCCAAAACGACAAACUUUAUUAUCCUAAGAAAGAAAAUAUGUUAUUUUCCAAUGGUUGCAACAAAGUCAAAUUGACCUUUCCUGAUGGUGAAGGGGACUCCUUGACAACAGAAGAAAGGACUAGUAUCAAAGAGAACAGCAGUGUUGACAAGAGAGAUUUGUCAGAACUGUCAUUUUCAGAAAAUCAAGAUACUAACGUAGAGAAUAUUUUCUCCCAGUCAAGUGAAUUUGAGGACAAUAUUGAGUAUGCUUUUUUGAAUGAGACCUAUUCUAUCCAUUAUUCAGAAUCAAAACUCAAGGAUGAAAAUAUUUUGCAUUUAUAUUCAGAAUUAGAUCCUGAAGUACACGAAAGAGUAGAGGUGUUUUUUGACACUUUUGGACCUCAAGGUAAUAAUGACAUCGGAUUGGGAAGGAGCUGUGAGGCGCUGGGUGCUGCCUGUGGAGACAUGCAGAAGAACGAUAUGCGUGAAGACUCGCAGCAGGAGUACCACAGCGCAGAGCUGGAGUGCCUGAGCGCACACUUAGCAGUUGACCCAGCGAAGACAGUGAGCAGGUCUAGUCUGGAUGUUAGUGAGUGGAGAACAUCAAGCUAUACCUUUAAAUGUGGCGGCAAUUUAGAAGUUAAUCGUGGUAAAUUAGAGAGUGGUCCUAUCCCCUUUUUGGAGUCACUUAAUGGUUUUUCACCAAAAUGUUCGCCUCAAGUCUCUACAUCUCCGAGUUCUGAUAUGUUAAAAGAAUAUCGUGAGCCAAAAUAUGAAAAAUAUAAGGAGCAAGAAGUUGGUUUAACAUAUCACAAAACAUUUGAUGACAUUUUACAGAGAAGCAGUUCUCCUUUAAACUCUCAGAAAGUGCCUGAACCUCUAGUUUAUGCUAAAGAAAUGAAGUCUCAGACGAUUGAAGGUAAAGACUUCUAUGGAAAUAGAAUUUUCCAGAACAGAGCAUUACAGCACCCUGAGAAUGCUAUGUUUCCCCAGGACCAAGCCCUUGAGACACACCUGAAGGCUCGUGAUGCUCACCAGCUUUCUGGGCCUUAUGUUCUCGAUGACUCAGUCAUUUCUCUCUGUGGCUCUUUGCAGUACAACAGCCUCCCGGAGCCAGGCUUUUACUCUCCUGUGAUGCCACAGGUGGCAGUCACAGAUAGUCAGGCAGAAGUAGUGGGCAGCUGCCUACACCAUGUACAAGGCAGUGCCACAAAUAAAACAUGCUCUCUUAUGAAAGAAAUGUGUCUUAAGUCAGUGCCAGAUGCAGCAAACUGUGUAGCUUUAGGUCAGCAGACACCGGAUGUGAGCGGCAGAGCAAAUGUCAGCUCUUCUGUAGUGUCUACAGCAAGCACCACAGACACAAAGACAGUGAGACUGAGUCAGCCUGAGGAGUGGCAACGUGACAGACAAAGCGUGGCCUGUAACACUGACUGGUCAUGUGGGCAGCAGUGCAGAGGUGCCCGGGCGGCUGCCCUGGGAAGUGACUCAGGAAGGUCACUCUCAACUGACUGUUUAAACUGUGGAAACUCCAUGGAUGAGAAUUCUUUGGAAUUAAGAAAAACACCAGACAAACAGAGACAUCCUGAAAGGACAUUUCAGCUCUGUGAAGAGAUGGCUUUGCCAUCAAAGUGCUGUGAGAAGACCACAGAGAGGGCAGUGAAGGCGGAGACGCACCUUCUGGAUGUUUGCUACCAGAUGUGCCACCACCACUGUCACCACAUUUACAAACUCAUAAUGGGGAGCAGAGCGGGGCUCAGUAGGAAUUUACCAACUGAUUCUGCUCAGAAGGAAUUAGGGACAGCACUGCUGUCUGUUCUGGAAGACUUGAAAGCUAGGUACAUGAACUUGAAAGGAAAAGUCCACAAGGGCAUACCCCUGGAAGAGCUGCCCCCACUGUCUGUGGAGUCUAAGCUGUUGUCUGCCUUCUCCGAUUUUGCUUCCAGGCUAAUGAAAGAAGAAGCAUGCAGCCUUUCAGGAGCAAAUUCUGAGCUGGAUAAUCAAAGCUUACCUGAAGUUGCUAUUUCUCCAAGCCUGCUAAAGACUUUGUCCCAGAUGUCUUCUAUAUCUGACAAUAGUCAUCCUAAGCAAGAUAAAUUACCCCUGAACAAUAUUUUUAAAAAUUGUGAUAUAAACAUAGAUUUUAAUCACCUGAAGCUCAAUGACAAAGAGUCUAAAAAUGUCCAUGAAGCAAGUGAAGACUGGUUUGAUGCGACAGAGAGGCUGACUGGAACUGACUUCUCAGUAACUCAAGAAAACAUAACAGAAUCUGAGGACUGGGAUCCAAAGAAUCCAUUAGAAUUGAAGACUAUUGAACGGCUUCGAAGAGGUAAAGGCUUUUUGAUACAUGUUGGUGGUCUUUGCCCUUCUGUAUCUGAGGCUGAUUUAAGGUCUCAUUUCCAGAAAUACCAAGUUUCUGAAAUUUCGAUUUAUGAUUCUAAUACUAAUUACAGAUACGCAUCUCUUGCCUGUGCAAAAAACAGUAAUGCGAAGAUGGCCGUGAAGGAGAUGAAUGGAGUGGAAAUCAAUGGGAAAUCCGUGAACGUGCGGCUUGUGAAAAUCCCGGGAGAAUACAUACCACCACUUUUGUCCACAGCCGGAAACAACAUUAGUAUGAAUCACUUGGAGAGAAAUAGCAGCAAAGAAGCCACCUCUGCCGCUUCCACUUGUCGGCUGCCCAUAGCUAGAUCAGGGCAGCUGGAGUCUGAGCAAGACAGCGAGUUUCUUCCCUUGGUCCAGGGUGUCAGGGAAAAUUAUAACCAGGUCAAAUCUGGUCAGUCAUUACCUGAGACACCUUUUCAGUUCAUACCUCCACAUACAUUGAACCUUCGUAGCUUCACCAAGAUCAUGAAGAGGCUGGCUGAACUGCAUCCAGAGAUCAGCAGAGACCACAUUAUAGAGGCCCUUCAGGAAGUGAGGAUAAAUCACAAAGGUUUUCUGAAUGGUUUGUCCAUCAAUACCAUUGUAAAAAUGACUUCAUCUUUUCUGAGAAACGCUGCUUCCCGUUUGAAAUAAGUGAAGCAGUACAGAGAAAAUCUUUGGAAAGUAGCAGUGCCCUUCAUCAGAGAGAAACUUCUGCAGCAAUUAGGAAAAGGCCGUGGUAAUACAGACAGACAGCGUAUUCUAUUUGAUCGUCCUCCUUUCAAACCUGACGACAACAGAUAGCUAUGUAGUAUUAAAGUCUGCAUGUAUGCUUUAUUAUGUUUAUAAACUUUAUUUCAAAAUUAUUACUCAAGACUCAAGCUGUGUAUUUUGAACCAGAAAAAAAUGUGGUCAUGUCCAUUUAUAAAUUAUCAUUAAUAAGUCCGUUUGAAAGAUACUGUCUAGAAAAAGUUUAUUUCUACUGUUUCAAAGUUCAUUACAUAUGUAAAAAUUAUGUGAACUUUUUACACAAUUCAUAUGUGAAAAUAGAAUUUCUAUAGGGCUUCCAUUUGUACUUUAAGCUUCUCAGAUUCAGAGUGGAGCACAGGGUUCAGUGCACACAGAACAGAGCUGAGCCUCCUGUGAUGUUAGUGGUGUCUAACAGCAGUAAGGUGUGCGGCUCUGUCUUCCCAGGUACGCUCUGGCAAGGAACUGAACCAUAAGUGGUCACCAUGUUCUGGCCUGAGUUUAACCACGUUCUGCUGUGCUAGAGUAUAAAUUGAAUGUGCUGCUCUAUUUCACAGCAGUAUAGAAUGUGAGCGCAUCACCCUGUUCCCUUUGCAGUAGUAACUAACACACUGGCCAAAGUGCAUUUGUACGAUAAUAACCUUAACAUUCCGUCCUCUGCAGAUGUAAAAUUGUUUGUAUCCAGUGCUUCAUAGGUGUUGCUUGAUGAAAACUUACCUAUUAAGCAUUUGUAUUUGAUGACCUGUGUGUUUAAUAAAGGUGGUUAGCUCCU